GGGAUAAUGUAUCAUUGAAACAACUUUCUUGUCUGUAAUAACUUUUCAUUCAAUCUGUUCAAGCUUCAACAGGCAGGGCAGUUAGGAUCAGGUAUAUCUGCCCUGAAUGAUAUGAGUGCUUGAAUCAUUCUUCCCUCCAAUUUACAUACAUUCAUCUCCCGAAAAGAAACCAAGCACAAGCGGCACCAUGUCUGGACCCAACUCCCCCCGGACGAACUCUAUGAGGAAGAAAGCCAUGAAUGCAUCAAACGGGCUGAGGAAUUCUCUGACGAAAAAGGGCAGGCGGAGCAGCAAGGUUAUGUCCAUUGAAAUUGAGGACGUCCACGAUGAGGAGGAGAUGAAACAUGUCGACGAGUUCCGCCAAGCUCUUAUCUUGGAUGAACUACUUCCUGCAAAGCACGAUGAUUAUCACAUGAUGCUUAGAUUCCUCAAGGCGAGGAAAUUUGAUAUCGAGAAAACAAAGCUAAUGUGGUCUAACAUGCUCAAGUGGAGGAAGGAAUUUGGUUCAGACACUAUUGUAGAGGAGUUUGAAUUCAAGGAAAUCAAUGAAGUGAUUAAGUAUUAUCCGCAUGGACACCAUGGAGUGGACAAAGAUGGACGUCCUGUGUAUAUAGAAAGAUUGGGACAAGUGGAUGCCACCAAGCUGAUGCAAGUCACAACCAUGGAUCGUUACAUCAAGUACCAUGUCCAAGAGUUUGAGAAGACUUUUGAUAUCAAGUUUCCAGCUUGCUCCAUUGCUGCAAGGAAGCAAAUCGACCAAAGUACAACAAUCCUUGAUGUCCAAGGAGUGGGUCUUAAAAACUUCAACAAGAAUGCUAGGGAACUUGUCACUCGCCUUCAGCAGAUUGACGGUGACAACUAUCCAGAGACCUUGAAUCGCAUGUUCAUCAUCAAUGCAGGUUCCGGGUUUAGAAUUUUGUGGAACACUGUAAAAUCCUUCCUUGACCCUAAGACUACAGCGAAAAUCCAUGUUCUUGGUAACAAGUAUGAUACUAAAUUGCUUGAAAUAAUCGAUGCAAAUCAAUUGCCUGAGUUUUUAGGAGGCAGUUGUACCUGUCCUGGAGUUGAAGGAGGUUGUAUGCGUUCUGAUAAGGGUCCAUGGAAGGAUCCAGAAAUAAUGAAGAUGGUUCAAAAUGGUGAUCACAAAUGUUCGAAAGGGAAAGGGUCUCAAGCUGAGGAGGAGAAACAUGUGGAGGAAUCCAAGCCUAUGUCCAGGUUGGGAAGUCUCAGCAAACAAGCCUCUUCACUUAGUGAUAAGGGAAACAAGAGUUUCAAGGGGGAAGCGGCUCUCACCAAACAAGUUUCUUCACUUAGUGAUAAGGCCGCAGCGAAUAAAAAGGUCCAAGAGAGCCAGGCUGCUCAAGCAAAAACGACACAGCAGGCUCUUGUGGUUGCGGUUAAAACCAAGAAGCAUGAGGACAUUAUCCCCGUGAUUGACAAAACAGUGACAAAAAAGAUUGACAAAGUUGACAAAACUACAGCAUCUAAAGAUGAAGGAGGAGAAUGCGCCCCUGGUGCCAUGGAUGUUGAUAUGAGCAAGAUUCACGGAAAAGAAAAUUCCAAGGUUUUGAAUGGCCUGAUGGCCUUUGUAAUGGGAAUCUUCACCAUGGCCAGGGUGACACAAAACAUGCCAAAGCAACUCACUGCCUCUGCUUCUUGUUCUUCUAAGACUACUACUACUACUCAUGCCAACAACACCAUCAUUUCUUCAUCACAAAAAAUCCAAUCUUCUACUACUCAUGAAUUUAAUGGGAAAACCCAUAUCCCUCAUUCUUCUUCUCCUUCUCAUAAUGAUAAUGAUCAUGAUCAUCAUGAUCGUGAUGUAUGUAAUGUUGGGGUGGUCCCGUCUCUUGAUGAGAAGGUCCCCUCUGACGAUUUGCCUGAUCCCCCAACUGCCCUCUCUACUGCAGAGUUCACCACUGUGAUGAAGCGGAUGGCUGAGUUGGAAGAGAGAAUGCACAACAUGAACCAAAAGUCUGCUGCCUUGCCCCCUGAGAAGGAGCAGUUGCUCAACUCCGCUAUCUCCCGCGCCGACAACCUUGAGAAACAACUCAUGGAAACCAAGAAGCAAUUGGAGGAUUCACUCAGCAAGCAAGAGGAGCUCUCUGCUUACAUUGAGAAGAAGAAGAGAAAGAAGAAGAAGAUGAUAUUCUUUUGAGCGGAAGAGGAGAAAAUCAUGAGGAUCGGAUGAUGUUUCUGUCUGUCUCUCUCUCUCUCUCACUCUCAGUCAUCAGUAGAACUUCACAGAUGCCAUGUUACAUAAAUGAUGUUGAACAUGUGAACCACAAAAUGUACAAAACAAGAAAGUGGAUAUGCUCAAUAUAUGAAUUAUGCAAAUAUAACCAGUACUCUUGGCCUCUGAUAGGAUAGGACUUGCUCUCUAUGUACAUAUAUAUGGGGCGUUAGUUUGCAUGCACCCCCUGUUUUAUCCGUACAGGAAUCAGUAUCUAGUGCAAAUAAAAUUAUAGAGUAUGUGUAAGUAAGUUUUUAUGAGAAUCCAACACCCAAAGGAGCUAUAUUGCUACUUCUUUUGUUGGUGCAUCCUCUUCUCUUUAUUUUCCUCA